AUGGACGCCCACGCCCACCACAUGAUGGACCACAGCGGAAUGGAUCACGGCGGAAUGGACCAUGGCGGCAUGGACCACGGCGGCCACGGCGGUGGCGGUAUGGACAUGGGCAAGUGCAGCAUGAACAUGCUCUUCACAUGGAGCACCAAGAACCUGUGCAUUGUCUUUGAACAAUGGCACAUCCGCUCGACCGCCGGCCUGAUAUUCUCCCUCCUCGCUGUCGUUGCCAUCGGCGCCGGCUACGAAGCCCUGCGCGAAUCGAUCCGUCGUUACGAACACCACCUCAACAAGAAGAACGAGGCUGUUCCUCUCGAGGAGCAGACCAAGUCACGCGUCAUGAACUUUUAUACCAUGUUGUCGCGAACCACUGCUAAGAUCCGACGAGCCGAGGCGGACGACAAUGUUAACGAGAACACCCCGUUCGUCUCCCCAGGCCAGAGCCGCCUCAAAGUCACGCGCGAGGCUCACUUUGUCAAGGCUGUACUAUACGGAAUCCAGAACUUUUACGCAUUUAUGAUCAUGCUCAUCUUUAUGACUUAUAACGGUUGGGUUAUGCUUGCUGUUUCGUUUGGUGCUUUCCUUGGAUAUCUGCUGUUUGGAGGCUCUACUCCCGCAACGAAAGAGACGGCUUGUCAUUAA